AUGACAUCCGCCAGAUCUCUAAUGGCCUUCCGUCACGCAACAGACUUGCGCCUAAUGAUCACCGAGUACCUCGACGAUGCUUCGGCAGUGGCGCUGAAGAAUGCCAACAACUACCUUCGUUCCGAUGUCACCGUUGAGAACCCAAAACACAUGGAGCCUGAAAUGUCGAAAGCCCCGCCCCCGGCUCUGGCCAGUGGCCUUGCUGCGCCUUUCGGCGCUAUUAUGGGUUUCUGUCGGCUCUUUUUACGGAGUGAAACUGCUGUCCCAAAGCUGGCACCUGCGCUUGGUCAGAAUACCAUUUCGGCAACAUUCUGGGCGCUCAUACAGGUGGACUUCCUGGAGAGCCGAGAUGGCGCCGGUAAACAGGAGUUCAAAGAUGGGGCUCUGUUCUUACCGUCUUGGUAUGAACGGUUCUUGGGGCCCCUUCGACUAUCACACGGUGGCCUUCCAAUCAGUGCCACCAAACUGGUUAUGAAUCCUGGCUUGCGUCUUUCGUUACCUCCGUGGUAUCAGUCAGCGGCCUUCUAG